AUGGAGGUAGCAACGAUGAACAGACCAGUAAUGGCGGUCCAGGAGAGGCGGGGCGAGACGAGGCAGGGAAAUGAAGGACAGGGUGGGUGUGAGCGGGCUCUCGCUCGUCGUUUAGAACCAGAGCACGAAUUGUCGCGCGAACCUGGCGGAGUGGCAGGGGGGGGGUGGAGGUGCCCUGGACGGUGCGGCACAAUUGACCAGCAAGCCGAAACACGUGGGCUGGCGGGCCCGCGCGGCCGGCCGGGCAAGCCGGGCCUGAACGGAACGCCGGGCGUGCCGGGCAUCAGCGCCUACACCUACAAAGGCAACGCCACGCGCGCCAGCGAGCUGCUCAUCCCGCCUUCCAUCGUGGGUGAGUGA